AUGUUCGUCCAAUGGAAACAAUGGAAUCAGAAGAUCAAAACGACUGUUGUCUCUUCCUGUUCACAGAGUGAGUCGGUGAAAUACUUCCUGGAUAACCUGGACCGGAUUGGCCAGCCGAACUAUAUCCCUAGUCGGCAGGACAUUCUGUUUGCACGGAAGGCGACUAAAGGAAUCGUAGAACACGACUUUAUUAUAAAGAAGAUUCCGUUUAAGAUGGUUGAUGUGGGGGGUCAGAGGUCACAGAGACAGAAAUGGUUUCAGUGCUUCGACGGAAUCACAUCUAUACUGUUCAUGGUGUCAUCAUCCGAGUACGACCAGGUUCUGAUGGAGGACCGGAGGACCAAUCGGCUGGUAGAGAGCAUGAAUAUCUUUGAGACGAUCGUGAACAACAAGCUCUUCCUCAACGUGUCCAUCAUCCUCUUCCUCAACAAGACUGACCUGCUGGUGGAGAAGCUAGGCCAGUCUGACAUCACUAAACACUUCCCAGAAUACAGGGGAGACCCUCGCAGGCUGGAGGAUGUACAGACGUUCCUGGUGCAAUCGUUCAGUAGAAGCGGGCGUAACCGUGGGAAACCUCUGUUUCAUCACUUUACCACAGCGAUCGACACGGAGAACAUCCGCUUUGUGUUCCACGCUGUUAAAGACACCAUACUGCAGGAGAACCUCAAAGAUAUCAUGCUGCAGUGAUACACACAUUAUACACACA